GGUCGGGUGCAUGGCUGGGCUCGGCUGCUGCUGCGCUGUCCGCGCGGUGCCUGGCCUUUGGCGUCGGGCUGCAGCGUCCACGGCCGCGGGGCUCCGGGCCCUGUGCUCCAGGCGAGGCUAUGCGGUGGGCCCCGGGCAGAAAGCACCAACCUUUGGGUUCCUGUUUGACAUUGAUGGUGUGUUGGUUCGGGGCCAUCAAGUGAUCCCAGCUGCUCAGGAAGCAUUCCGAAGGCUGGUGAACUCCCAAGGACAAUUGCAAGUGCCUGUGGUUUUUGUCACAAAUGCUGGGAACAUCUUACAAGACAGUAAAGCCCAGGAGCUAUCAACCUUGUUGGGGUUCAAGGUGGAACCAGACCAAGUUAUUCUCUCUCACAGCCCCUUGAAGCUCUUCUCACAGUAUCAUGGGAAGAGGAUGAUGGUUUCUGGACAGGGACCCUUGGUGGAAAAUGCUCGAUUACUGGGCUUCGAGAAUGUGGUGACUAUAGAUGAGCUGCGGACGACCUUCCCUGUGCUUGACAUGGUGGAUCUUGAGCGACGGCCGAAGAGCACGCCCCUUCCACGGACUGACUUUCCAGUCAUUGAAGGGGUACUCCUCCUUGGAGAGCCUGUCCGCUGGGAGACAAACCUACAGCUGAUCAUGGAUGUCCUCCUCAGCAAUGGGAACCCUGGGACAGGUCUGGCGACAGCCCCCUAUCCCCAUCUCCCAGUCCUGGCCAGCAACAUGGAUCUCCUUUGGAUGGCUGAAGCCAAGAUGCCCAGAUUUGGCCAUGGCACAUUUCUGCUAUGCUUGGAAACCAUUUACAAGAAGGUGACAGGCAAAGAAUUGAAGUACGAGGCCCUGAUGGGCAAACCGAGCAUCCUCACGUACCAGUAUGCGGAGAACAUGAUCGGUCAGCAGGCUGAGAGGCGAGGCUGGACUGCCCCCAUCCAGAAGCUCUAUGCAAUAGGUGAUAACCCUAUGUCUGAUGUCUACGGCGCAAACCUAUUCAACCAGCACCUGCAAGUGGCCAAACAUGAAGGUUCAGAGAAGCUCAGGCAGCGGUGGCAGGCCACGCAGAGCUGUACCUCCAUCUUGGUGUGUACCGGUGUGUACAGUCCCCAGACCCUGGCAUCAGCAGAGGCGUCCCAGAGAACAGAGGCACCUCCUUUCCACGGACAUCGCGACUUCAACUUGAGUCCGAGCCUCCUGGAGGCCUCCUACAUUGUCCAUGAUGUGGACGAGGCCGUGCAGCUGGUUUUCCGCAGGGAGGGCUGGACUUCGUAGCUCUAGAGGGGGAACAGUGGGGCUCUUGGAGGUACAAGGAGGUCCUGAUUGCUGGCUUCAGCUAGGAUCACUGGGCUUCUACACCGAGAGGCUCUUUAACAAGCUGGGUAACUGGGAUGAAGACUUUGAGUGAGUUAUUUUCCCUGCAGGGCAGCACUACAGGACUGUGGCAUUCAGGGGGCCACAUUUUGGGUAGAACUCAAGAUUUUUUUGGUCCAGUUCCUGUCUGUCUCUCCUGGCAGUCAGACCUCAGGCCCGUCUCUUUACUUCUGUGCCUCACUUUUUUUUCAUGUCAGUAGGGACUUCUAUAAAAAGGUGAUGUAGGGAAUCAUGUAUAAAUUUCUGUAGGACCUUUGUCCACAUUGAAGAAGCAGUUGAUGCCAGCAAGUUGUAUGUGAACUCUCAGAUACUACUAUUACGGCAUUUUAGAUUCUUGUCCAGGGACUUCUGAUCUUUUGUU